AUGGGCCCGCGGGCGCGGCCCCCAAAAGCUGGAGGAUUCGAUGAGAAAUAUGCCGAUGCCGAACCGGGAGGCGGACCUCGGGUGCGACACACCCAAGUCAGGCGCAUGGCUGCCAUGGAUAGCGAAUCGGGAAAUGCGGUAGAAUGGAAGGAAAGAAAGGCCAUGGGGCUUCGAGACUCUCUCGCCCACAUGGACAAUCUUGUGUGCUCGGACCGGCCUUUUCGUGACGUCCAGAACAGCCCCCGGGAUGUGGUGGUCCUGUGCUGUUGUGCAGCCAUGGCGCGCAGUUGGCUUGCCCUGUGCUGCCCGAGCAACACGUUUCUCGAUUGGAUAUGCAAGCCGCGGUUGCAGCAGGUGCCGAAAAGUAUGACGGUGUUCCAUGCGGUCCCUAACAGCCGGGCCAGGCCCACCUACUCUACGAUCAGCAACGACAACUUCCGGAAGCUCAUGGAUCUUUGA